UGAGGCUGUGCGUCCGUCGUCGUGGAGCUGAUCUCAGUUCAGUGCGUCCGAGCUGAAGCUGGAAACUUUCUGACGCCUUUUUCUCAGUGAGAAGACUUCCUGUCCCGCCUCCACCAUGAGUGACAUCUACGAGUCAGCGGCCAACUCUCUGGGUUUGUUCAGCAGCCCCUGUCUGACCAAAGUGGAGCUGCGACUCACCUGUAAAGGGAUCUCAGACCGAGAUGCUCUGUCCAAACCUGACCCCUGCAUCGUCCUUAACAUGCAGUCCCACGGACAGUGGAUAGAGGUGGACCGGACGGAGGUGAUCCGCAGCUGUGUGAACCCCACCUACUCCAAGGUGUUCACGCUGGACUUUUAUUUCGAAGAGGUGCAGCGCCUGCGCUUCGAGCUCUACGACAUCAACAGCAGCCACAACGGCCCGAAGGAGGCCGACUUCCUGGGAUCGGUGGAGUGCACGCUGGGACAGAUUGUCUCGCAGAGGAAACUGUCCAAAGCUCUGCUCAGACCAGGAGGCACCGUGGGGAAAGCCAUCAUCACGAUAACAGCGGAGGAGCUGACGGGGAACGACGACUACAUCGAGCUCUCCUUCAGCGCCAGGAAACUGGACGAUAAGGACUUCUUCAGUAAAUCCGACCCAUUCCUGGAGAUCUACAGGUUGAACGAUGACGCCACGAUGCAGCUCGUCUACAGGACUGAGACCGUCAUGAAUAAUCUCAACCCGGUUUGGAAAACCUUCAAAGUUUCUCUCAACUCGCUCUGCAGUGGAGACCAUGAACGCAAGCUGCAGUGCACGGUGUGGGACUGGGACUCCAACGGGAAGCACGACUACAUCGGCGAAUUUGAGGCCACGUUUAAAGAGAUGAGGGGAGCUAUCGAUGGAAGACAGGUGCAGUGGCCAUGCAUAAAUCCCAAAUACAAAGUCAAGAAGAAGAAUUACAAGAACUCUGGGAUUGUCAUUCUGAACCAGUGCAAGAUCAUCAAGAUGCACUCCUUCCUGGAUUACAUCAUGGGAGGCUGUCAGAUCCAGUUUACAGUAGCCAUCGACUUCACGGCCUCUAACGGAGAUCCUCGUAAUAGCUGCUCCCUGCACUACAUCCACCCGUACCAGCCCAACGAGUACCUGAAGGCCUUGGUGGCUGUGGGAGAGAUCUGCCAGGACUACGACAGUGACAAAAUGUUCCCGGCGUUUGGCUUCGGCGCUCGGAUCCCUCCUGACUACAAGGUCUCCCACGACUUUGCAGUGAAUUUUAACGAGGAGAACCCGGAGUGUGCAGGUAUCCAGGGCGUGGUGGAGGCCUACCAGGCCUGCCUCCCCAAGCUGCAGCUCUACGGUCCAACCAACAUCGCCCCCAUCAUCCAGAAGGUCGCCAAUUCCGCCUCGCAGGAGGUCCACACCAAAGAGGCCAUGCAAUACUUCAUCCUGCUGAUCCUGACAGACGGUGUCAUUACUGACAUGGCUGACACAAGGGAGGCCAUCGUCCAGGCCUCCCACUUCCCCAUGUCCGUCAUCAUCGUUGGGGUUGGGAACGCCGACUUCAGCGACAUGCAGAUGCUGGACGGCGACGAUGGGAUCCUGCGAUCGCCUAAAGGAGAGCCCGUCCUGCGGGACAUCGUCCAGUUCGUCCCUUUCCGGAACUUCAAACACGCCUCUCCAGCUGCUCUGGCUAAGAGUGUGCUUGCAGAAGUGCCCAACCAGGUGGUUGACUACUACAACAGCAAGGGUAUCAAGCCCAAAGUGCCCAGCGAGUACCAGUCUUCCAGGCCGUUCGGCCCGUGA